CUCCACUUCAGACCCGCUUGUUGGCGCAUCAUCAUCAGUGUUCAGACGGCUAGUGCAACGACAGCAAACGGCGAUUGAGAAGCUCAAGCGGACAUAGUUGUAUUGAACGAAAUUCACAUUUUCCUGCCUCCGUCCCCGCGGUUACCUCCCACAGCUAUACUUAUCGCCUCUCGUCCAGGCAAUACGCGGAAGUCACAACAAAGGGGAAACAACAAAAAGGCAACAAAUAUUUGACUGCGCAAAGAGACAUCAAACAGACUAGCUUCCAAUUAUCCACCAUCAUGCCACCCGAUUCAACUCCUCCCACCAUGAAAGCCUGGCUGUACAGCAGCACAGCCGGCGGCCUAGAGAAGAACCUCGUCCUAGACCAAGCAGCGCGCAAACCCACCAGCCUCCGCGCCAACGACGUGCUCGUCCGGGUGAUCUCAGCGUCAAUCAAUCCAGCCGACUACAAAGUGCCCGAGAUGGGCGCCCUGACCAAAGUACUGACCGGGACGCCGGCGACCCCCGGGAUGGACUUUUGCGGCCGCGUGGAGAUCACCGGCCCGUCCGUGAAGGGCCUCGAGGAUGGCCAACUCGUGUACGGGACCAUGGGCCGGCCGGUGCAGUUCGGGUCUCUUGGCGAAUACCUCGUGUGCGACGCGAGCGUCACGGCGGCCUUGCCGGAGGGACUAGAUCCGGAUCUGGCGGCGACGGUGGGCGUCGCGGGCCAGACGGCGUACCAGGCGGUGGCGCCUUACGUGCAGUCCGGGGACAAGGUGUUUAUCAACGGGGGUUCAGGCGGCUGCGGCAUGUUCGCGAUCCAGAUUGCGAAGCAGCUGGGCUGCCAUGUGACGACGACGUGUUCGACGCGCAAUGUCGAGCUGUGCAAGGAGCUGGGCGCGGAUGAGGUGAUCGACUAUACGACGGAAAAUGUAUUGCAUGUGCUCCGGGAGAAGGGUCAGGUGUUUUCCCACGUGGUCGAUCAUAUCGGGUUGCCCGGUGAGCUGUACCACGAGUGCGACGCAUUCUUACUGCCAGGGAAGGCGUUUGCUCAGGUGGGUGCGGAGUCGAUGCUGACGUUCGUGAACCGGAUGGCUUGGCCUAGCUUUUUGGGCGGGGGGAAGCGAAAGUACGUUAUCCUGCUGUUUAAGAACAAGAAAGAGGAUCUGGUUCAGGUGGGCGAAUGGAUCCAGCAGGGGAAGGUGAAGGUGAUUCUCGAUAGUGUGUAUGAUUUCGAGGAUGCGGUCCAGGCGUUCGAAAAGCUGCGUUCAAAGAGAGCGAGGGGAAAGAUUGUCGUCCAUGUGUCAGAGAAGCCUUGACAUCGGAUUCCUGUAUAAUGAGCUUCUGUCGUAAUUACUUCGUCUAUUUAGGUAUCCACGAGCUUAAUAAGUGAUAAUGUUCGAAAGCAAA